AUGUUCCCCAAAACCAACCAGGGUCUCGCUGCGCCGGGCUCGAAAGCGAUGCUCAAGCUGACACCCGGCUCACCCGAACGGAGGAUUACCUGGCUACAGCUCCUGCACUUGAUCUACAUCCUCGUACCUUAUCUUACUAUUCGCCUUCCACUUUCUAUCCUGUUCAAGCACAUAUUGCCGCUGCUGACGUUCUAUCGCUACAAAUCGGCUAUCGUCAAAAAUGUCGGGCGGCCUGCAUAUGCCGAUGUUGUCGCUCGUAUGACCAACUAUGUCCUGUCUAGAUCUACUCAGUCGCAAGCUCGCGCGUUGCUUUUUGGGCGCACGAAUCCCUACAACAUGACGUACAGCUCGCCGCUCUUUUGGGGCAAGAAGCAAUGGCUUAGUGAAGUCAAGGAGCCGGGCAUAACCGGCAGAUGGAUCGCAAAUCAACACACUGCUCGUAAAGAUGACGACCUCGUCCUUUUCUUCGUGCAUGGCGGCGGCUUCGUGCUAGAUACCGGCGGAAGCGCGCAAGGCUUCUUUGGGUUUCUCAUGCAGGAAUUGACAGUCAAACGUGGCCUCCGCUUCUCAAUCUUUCAGCUGGACUAUGAGCUCGCGCCAGAAUACAUCUUCCCAUCACAGAUCAUUGAGACGCAAGCAGCAUACGCCUGGCUCGUCAACAAGCAGGGCAUCUCGCCUGACAAAAUCGUCCUCGGAGGCGAUAGCGCUGGCGGCUCAAUCAUUCUGUCUUUUUUACUUCAUCUUGCACGAUCCAAUCCAGCCAUCACAACACCAGAAGCAAUCUUCGGUCCGGUGCCUCGUAGACCUGCCGCGACUCUGUGCAUUUCACCCUUUGUCAAGGCGAUCUCGAAUCUACCAUCACGCUUCGAGAAUGCCGAUUACGAUCUGAUCGAACAUAGAUCAGCCUACGCCGCAGUCCUCAGUUACUCAGGCGCGGCCGAUAUCACUCCCAAGCUCACCUGGUGGCCGCACCAUCUGUUCUUCAAGCUGCCGCACAAAGAUCUCGAGAUUCCCACGUCCUCGGGCGGCACACGCAAUGCACGGAUCAGUGCGGAGCCCAAACUGGACACUACCAAAGCUCGACAAAACUUCGUGGCCAACAUGGGCGAUCCUUACCUCAAUGUAAGCUGUGCGGAAGAUCCAGCCUGGUGGAAGGAGGCAAUGCCCGAACGCAACCUCAUCACCUGGGGCGGGCGCGAGAUCUUCAGAGAUGAUAUCGUCGAGUGGACCGGCAAGCUUGACAGAGCCGACUGCGACUACGAGACGCUCGUCAAGCCCUUGGGCUCGCACGAUUGGCUAUUGUACGAUUUUACUAUCCCGGGUCUACACAUUACCAACAGCACCGGACCAGACCGCCGGUUGAUGUGGGGCGUCGAGUCGGUGGCCGACUACAUGUGUACACUCACAGACGCCCGCACGGCCAAGGUGGUCGAUCUAGAAAUCUAG